AACACAGUUGUCUCUCUUUGUUAUGUCAGCAAAUGCGAUGACACGAGUCUAUCGAUAAAGAAAGAAAGCGCACAAAUAGUAUGUGUCAGCACAUGCGGAUUCAUUGUCUAAUAAGGAAAGCUUUCAUCAUGAAAUGCUGACGAAUAUCACAAUUUUUGGAACAGCUUCAAGAAUCUGCACCAUGAAGUAACACCAAGGUAUUUAAAUGAUCAAUGAAAUCCAUAUUGAGAGACAUUUAAACAUCUUGUGUAACAUUGCUAUGAAGGAGAACUGAAGAUGAGGUUACAUUCAUCACUAGUGUUAAUGCAACCAGAUAUUCUCACUGGAAUUGUAAUGAAAAGCAAAUUUCAAUUUAAGAUGUGAAAUCCAGUAUUUAAUUUUCAUGAUCUUGAAAUCCACAAACUUAUAUCCAUAUGAUAUUUUGAAAUCCACAUGAUAUAAGAAUUUUAUAUACAAGUGAAAUCCAGAUUUAAAUGCAGGUUACAUAAUAAAAUGGCAGAAUUUCCUGUUACUCAAGAUGUUAUUCAGGAGAAUGUUCCUUACGACGAUUCUAUAUUUUUGCCUGAAGGAAGUCAUGUAAUAUCAGAUGAUUCACUACCAGUUGUCAUCUUGGCGGAGGAUACUGGUCUAAUUCAAGGGAGAGAAAUCCUACAACAACAUACUCAUACAAUGUCAUCAGAUGAUUUACGUAAGCCUCAAAUAAAUAUAAUAGACUUGAACCUAAUUUCACACUCUGAAGACAAUCAGUUAACUUCAAAUCAAUUAAACUUUGAUGGUCUACUGCCAAAUCAGGUUGAAGAAAGUCAGAUCCCUAUUGCAAUUCAGUCGACAGUGUCUGGCAAAAUCCUUAAACAGAGCAGUGAUAGUCAAAAGUUAGUGUCUUACACAAUCUUUUGUCCAAACGAAGAAGCAAUAUUUACAGCUGAACCAUGCGAGGAAGACACUGUCAGACAGGGAAACAGACCAACAAAUAAAAACCUGACAAAAAUGAAGGGUAACACUGAUGUUAAUGAGGCAGUAGGCUCCGCUAAUUAUACACAAUUACUAAAUAAUGUUAACGAGCACUUACUGUCAACAAAUUCUUUAGCAGAUGGCAAUGGACAGAAGCCUAGCACAAUAAAAAAUACUGUUUUCAAUGGUUUGAAAAGCAAACCUACUGGCAUGGGAGCUGUUUUUAAAAGUAAAAAAACAAGCAAUCUCUUUGAAAAUUUAGAACAAUUUGCUAGAGAGGGUGAGAAAGAAAUGUCUGUGCCUUCAGCCUCCAAUGGAGAUGGUGUUUCUACUGAUAAUGAUAGUGAAAGGGAUUUUGAAGCUACACUUAAGAGUAGGUGUUUAAGGUCGAAACUUUCGGUAAAAUUAGUUCCCUUAGAUAUGAGCAAAAUAUCUGUUGAUAAGAAACUAAAAGUUGAUAGCUUUAAAAACAUUAAAAAGCAACAGAAAAUAAAAUCAACAGAUAUUAAGAAAGUUCCCUUGAUAAAGAAUAUAAAGGAAAAAUCGAUAGAUGUAAACAAAGUUUCUAAAUUGAAAAACGGCAUUAUAGCAGAACAGUAUACAUUUAUUCGCGGAAAGAAAAAGAAGAAAAAACCAAGUUUAGGAUUGCUGAGAGAAAUUGACAAAAAACCAGCCAAACGCUUUGGUAAAAUUCCAAAAUCAAUGACCGCAUGGAAAAAAAUUGAAACAAUUGAGAAGACUGGUAAAAAACCAAAAAUACAAGGCCGUAAAGGAAUAGAGGGAGAGUUUCCAUGUAAUCUUUGUGAUUACGUUGCAAAAAUAAAAACUCAUCUUCAAGUUCAUAGGGCAGUUCAUAUACCCAAAUGGAGAAAAUGCAAUUUUUGUAAAUUUGAGUCAAGGUCAGAGUUUAAGAUGAUGGAACAUGAAGCCAGACAUACAGGAGAAAAACCCUUCAAAUGUAAGGUUGAAGGGUGUGAUUAUGCUGGAGCAUGCAAAGGAGAUCUAACUAAGCACCAAAGAAAACAUCAAGAGGACAAACCAUUCAAAUGCCCACAGGCUGGAUGCAGCUUUGGCACAAAAUGGCCUCGUAAUCUAAAACAUCAUUUAACUACACACUCGGACGAGCGUCCUCACAAAUGUAAACAGUGUGGUUAUGCCUUCAAAAGACCUAGUGAUCUUAGCUAUCACAUGUAUCGUCAUAACGAUGUGAAACCAAUCAAGUGCGAAAAAUGUGAAUUUAGAUGCAAAACCAAUUUUGAGAUUAAAUGUCACAUGUUGAAGCACAGUGAUGUCAGAUACUUCAAAUGUACACACCCUGGCUGUACACAGGAGACCAAAACUAAAUCAGAUCUUACCAAACAUAUGAAAGUUCAUUGUAAAACAUUAGAUUUUGUAUGCGACUUAUGUGGAAAAGGAUUUAAAACCAAAAGUUGCUUAAAAAAACAUAUUUUACGCCAUUCUGAUGAACGACCAUGGAAGUGUGACCUCUGUGAUAGACGAUUUAAAAUAAAGCCAGCUUUGAGGAAUCAUAUUAAUAUGCAUGCUGGGUACAAACCCCACUCAUGUGAUGUUUGUGGUAUGCUUUUUGCAAGCUUAGGCAAUAAGAAAACUCACAUGGUUGUCCACACAACUAAAGACCGACCCCUUAAGUGUCCGAUUUGUCCCUAUUUAGGUAAAACACAGGAGCAUAUAUUAGCACAUAUUGGAACAAUGCACGGGAGUAAAUAUGCUUACUUUUGUGAAAUCUGUAAAAAGCCGUUCAAACGUUAUCACUUACUACAAGUUCAUUAUCCAAGAUGUCAUACCAAGGAAGAACUAGAGAUGUUGGAAAGUGCCCUUCAGUUGAACAUGCAGGCAAUUAAAUCAGAAGUGAUUGAUGAAAUCACCAAGACUGAGCUUGCAAAAACAAAUUCUGAAUUGAAUUGGGAUUGUGUCUUUGUCAAGGAUGAAAGAUGUGAUUUUGAGGCAUAUGGUGUAACUGAAGACCAAAAUGUAAAUACUGAUGAAGAUACAACUACUAAAACAUCUGAAAACCAAAAUCUUAAUGGGACUUAUCAAGACCAUAAUGAUGAAAACACUGUUCGUUCAGAAGUUGACACAACUCAGAAUGAGCACCAAAAGACAUCUGAUAAACUAAAAGAUACUGAUGAAGGCAAUAAACCAGAUGUUAAGCCAGCAAAAUUGGAGCGCACAGAAAAUUCUUAUAACUCUACAAAACCAGCUACUCUUGCCAUCUAUGAUGAAUUUAGACUUCCAUUAGCAACAGUUGGAUUUCAUUUUAAUUUUAUAAAAAAGGGAAAGAAAACAAAAGCUUGGUUCAUGGACCAAAGUUAUAUGGAUGAAACUGCCAAAAAGAGACAUCAAAAGUACCUAAACAGGAAGAGAGAAGAGAUGCUUUAUGGGUAUUACAACUCAAAACGUAGGCGUAAAAUUCAAGGGAAACUUACAACAGUUUAUGAAUCACCAGAAAAAACUAAACGACAGUUUGCAGGUGGAAAAUUCUUCCCUAAGAAUAAAACAAAAAAUGCAAUAGAACCUUUGAUAAAAUUAGAUUCAUCAAGUAAAACAAUGCCAAAAAUUGUAAUUAAAUCAAGUUCAAGUGAAUCAAAAAGGUUAGAGGCUAAAAAAUUGUUGGAUAUCAGCAUUAAGAAGUCAACUAUGUCCCGGUCACAUGAUCUAAAAGCACAUAAAAAACCAAAAACUACAAUAUUAGGGCACAUUAAAACUGAACCAGUGAAAAAAGAAAAUGCUAAAAAGCCAUCGCUGAAAACUACUAUUGACAGUAAAAAACAUAAGAAAUUGAAAAUUAUGAAAACAAAGAAGUUAAAGAAGGUUGUUAAAGAACAGUAUAUGAAACCCAAAGAAAAACUGUCAAUAAAACCAAAGGGAAAACCAGGCAGGAAGCCUAAGGUGGUAGAAAUUUUGAAAAAAGAUACUGAUAAGAUUAUAAAGCCAACAGGAAAGCCUGGAAGAAAACCCAAAAUUACUAGUAAAAUGGCUGAAUUCAGAGAUAGUAAAAUGAAAACAUAUGAAAAUAGAAUGAACAAAAAUAUCAAAACUGGAAAGCCUCCAGCAAUCCAGUCCACAAUAAUUAAAAACAAACCAGGCAGAAAGCCCAAAGGUAAUGUGGUUGCAGAGAAGAAAACUAAAGUUAACAAGAGUUCUUUGAAAAAGACAGGCAAGAAACCUGGACGAAAACCUAAAGAACAUGUGAAAUUACCAAAGAUACAAAAACCAAAGGGCAAACCAGGACCUAAACCAAAGUACAAAGUUCCAAUUAUGGAAAGUAAAAUCAACAAAUCGAAAGGAAAACGUGGCAGAAAACCUAAGGCUUUACAAGCAGAUAGUACAAUGCUGACUGAAAUAAAACAGGAAGCAGUGGACGAUUUUGAGCAGAUGACUACGUCCCUUGAUAAUUUGAUUGGUUGGCAAGAUGAUAUGAAUACCAGUAGCUUCAAUGAUACAAACGAUGGAGAAUGUGAGGGAGAUGUUGUCCAGUCAUAUAAUAUAACUGUUUGUCAAGACUUUAAUCAGUCACAUGACGCUGAUUUGUCAAGUAGUGCAACACUAUCUGAUAGAAUUAAAACAAAUAGAAGAAGAGUACGAAAUUACAAGACAUCAGACGAUAAUGAAAACGCAGCACAGAAAUGGUUAGCAUCAGAUAGUACCACAAAAACUAUUCAGCUGCCAUCAGAAUUGUCUACACAGGUGUCAGAAGUAUCAGAUAAAAUUACUGAAGUUACAGAUAGACCAAUCAUAUAUAAAUUUAUUGGUAAGCGGGCUAAUGAACCCGAAACAACAAGAACGAUUAAUGAAUCUACCAGCAACAGUCCUGAAAGUAAUUUGACUCCAAUACCAAAAGCAGAACUUUAUGCUAAAAUAAGAUCUUGUAUUGCUUCAAAAAAUGUAACUGCGAAAGAAUCUCACAGAAGAAUUACUGCUAAAAAUAUCCCGUUGGAAAGAUUAGCUGUAGACACAUCAACCGGAGGGAUUGUGACUUCUAAUGCUUUCAAUUCUCAGCUCAUACCUCUGCAAACAUUCACAUCUGAAACUCUAAAAGGGACUACUCUCAUAAAGGAACGAGAUAUCCAACCAACUCAGAAACUGGUGUCAGCUCAAACAUUAAGCUCUAAUACAUUGAAAAGGAUGAAUAUACUGUAUAACUCAAAGAAAAAUAAAAGAAAUGAACUUGAUAUUCCUCAAGUUGUGAUAGAAAAUGCAGAAGAAAUGAAUAGUCAUACCUGUAAUGAAGAAUACCUUUCAUCGUUACAAGAUUCAGAAAAUUAUGAUGUACAAGAGCAAGAUACUCAAGUUUUUGUUAAGGAGGAAAUGAUUAUUGACUUAGAUGAUGAAAAUGACAGGGGGGAGGAUUAUCAUUCUGAGGAUAACAUUGAAGAUCACACUUGUGUGGAAGAUUAUGCAGAGAAUGGUAUUGCAGGAGAACACCAGCCUGUUGAAAUGGACAGAAUCAUUGAAAGUAAUGCCACUAAUGGUAAUUUGUUUGUUCCGUAUUGUGACGAUGUAGCUGUCAUGCAAGCUUCAGCUGAGGUUCUUCAAGAUGUUGGAGGAAAUGAACAAUUGAAUGAACCGUCUGAUAUAAAUCAGUUAGGAUUUGUUAUUGAAACUGUACAAGAUUCUGCUCUAGAUGUAGAAGAGAGUCAGGAUGGUAAUGUGGUUGUUCAGAUGCUUGAACCAGCUGUGGAAAAUGGCAUGAUAUCCAAGCUUACAGACGAUACUGAUCAGACAUUUCCCGAUAGCGACAUAGAUAUAAAUAGUUCACCGAUUAAGCAAGAACCUAUAGAUAAAGAUUCUUUUUCAUGAACUGGAUUUUAUUUAGUACUGUCUACAGAAAUAUGACAGAAUUAUUGUUCAGAUGGUAUAUUGUUUGUUUGUUUUUUUUGUUUUUUUUUUGUUGUUUUUUGUUGUUUGUUUAUUUUUUUGCUUUGUUCUAUUUUAGUGUUUAUUGUGUUUGUUAUAUUCAAUUUUUUUUUCUAUGGUAAUGAAAUAUAUAUGCACUGACUUUAUAUACAGUCUUUACAAUAUUGAUAUUCAAACAAUAUGUAUGUACUAUGUAAGAUAUAUCAAUUUUUUCUAAAAAAAAAUUCUGAUUUUUUUAUCGAAUUUUUGUUAAAAAGUUCAUUCAUAAACAGGCAUAGAACUCUUUGUAUAUCAACUUACUUUAUAGACUACAGACAUAAAGUAAGAUAUAAGUAAAAGAUGAAUUAUAUAUGAAGUGUAAAAAAUGGUUUAAAAUUUAUACCUUUGUAUACUUUUAAAUUUCAAAUUUUAUGUUAAAAUAUUUCAUGAAGUAGAUUAUUUUUUUCAAAUUGUAGUUUGUCAUAAAUGAAAUAUAGUCCUUUAUUAUUUUUACAUAUAUUUCAUUUCUCAAAUUUCAGUAUGUUCUAGUUAAGCGUUAAAGAUUAGAUGGUUUUUUUUUAAAUAAUGAUUUUUAUGGUAUAUAAAGGGAAAAUCAGAAAUCAGAAAUUUGAAGCUUCUUUUUAACAAGAUUGAGUUUUUUAUAAAUGAAAAGAUAUUUGAUGUGUACAGUAUGUGUUAUAGUUAUGUGUUUUUUUUUCCUUUCUGUUUUUAAAAUUGUAAAUGAAAACAUUACAAUUUCUUACUGUUUAUAACAAAAUUAUGUAAUGUAAUAGAUAAAGACUCGUUUAUAUAGUGGUAUGUGUAUAGCUUUUUAUCAUUUAUCCUUUUAAAUACAUUUCAACAAAUUUUAUAUUUAUCAAUGUUUAUGAUUACUGGUAUAUGGUAUUUGUUUGUGAGAGCUUUUUUAUGACUUUUUGUCAGAUAUUUUGAAUCCAUUAGUUUUAUUCAUGUAAGUGUCAAUAACAAAUUUGCCCAAUAACCCCUACUUUUCUUUUCAUAAUUUUAUUAUGAAUAUUUUAUAAAGCUAUUUUUGACUGCAAUCUCUAAUUUUCACAGUGAUUGCAGUUAAGAAAUAAAAAUUUUGAUGCAAAAUCUGCUAUCGGGUUAGACUUUUUAUGGACUACAAGUAGAGAGUAAAACACUUUUAGUCAGAUGACAGAAUAUAUGAUAUUUAACCACUGUUAAUUAUACAUAUACAAAAAAACUGGUUUAAAACUUACUUUGUUUAUUGUUAAUAUGGGUCUUGUCAUCCUUGCUCCUUUGUUUAUUGUUAAUAUGGGUCUUGUCAUCCUUGCUCCUUACCAGUUUUUGUGAUACAAAUACAUUAUACAUAUAUAGAUGUCACAAACUUUCACCUGAAUAGUACAGGGGAUAUUAUUUUGAAUUCAUUGUAGAAUUUCAUUUAUUUUGACAUUUGAAGAUAUAAUAUUUAUUUUGUUGUAUGUUAUGUAUGUAUUUAUAUAUAAUAUUCAUAUUAAAUAUAUAUAUGAAUUCCAUUAGUAAUAUGUAAUUUGUUUGUUACUGUAUCUUUACAAUAGAGUUAAGUUUUUGUUGCUUUUAUUUUUUAUGAAGUCUAUUUUUAUUUGUGAAAUCCUUUGUUUUGAGCUGUUGAGCAUUUAAUUGAAAUCCAUUUAAGUUGUUAGAAAGGUUUGCUUUCUUCAAUUUUAGACUCAAUUCAAUUUUGAAUUUUCAAAAUAGUGAAUUUUUCCUGUAACAGUAUUAACUUUUGAAAUCAUUGUAAACUUUUCAUCUCUGUUGACAUUUAAAUAUAAUAUUAAUGUUGCUAUAUAUGAAUGAAUAACAUUAUUAAGAUGCAAUUUUUGCUUGUCAUUGUAUCUGUGCUAUAGAGUUAAACUUUUUUUUCUUUUAUUUUCAAUGAAGUCUAUUUUUAUUUUUGAAAUCCUUCGUUUUAAGCUGUUGAGCAUAUAAUUGAAAUCCAUUUAAAUUGUUAGAAAGGUUUGUUUUCUUCAAUUUUACACUCAAUUCAAUUUUGAAUUUGCAAAAUAGUGAAUGUUUCUUGUAAAAGUAUUAGCUUUUAAUUUCUGUUGACAUUUAAAUAUAAUAUAAAUGUUGCUAUAUAUAAAUGAAUACCAUUAUUAAGAUGUAAUUUUUGUUUGUCAUUGUAUCUGUGCUAUAGAGUUAAGCUUUUUUUUAUUUUAUUUUCAAUGAAGUCAAUUUUAAUUUUGAAAUCCUUCGUUUUAAGCUAUUAAGAGCAUUUAAUUGAAAUCCAUUUGAGUUUGUAAGAAAGUUUUUUUUUCUUUAAAUUUUCACUUAAUUCAAACUUGAAUUUUCAAAAUAGUUAUUGCCUUUUAAUUCACCAAGCCAAUUUAUUGCUAUAUUGCUAAUUGAUUUUUGUCAUAUAUGUGUUCUUAACUUGAUAGUAUUUUAUGAAUUUGUUACUAUUUUUGCUUUGGUUAACUGGAAUGUUCAGGUGUGAGUUCAUAUGGGAUUUUCCCCACAAAUUUCCAGCAAUGUAAUUAUAUUUUAUUCAGAUAUUUCUGUUGCCAUUGUGCAGUGAACUGACUUUGCUGGUUUUAUGUUCUUUAUUAAGCAUACAUUGUAUAUUGUCAAAUAAACGAAACAACAGUUUUCAGUGAUGAUUUGGUUUAUAUAAUAUAUAGUUCUAUUCUGGUUCUCUCUAUAACAAGUUUUAACAAAGGUAAACUAUGUUAUUUUCUUUCUGUUCAAUGUUUGAGGUUUUUUUAAUUUCUCCCCAAUUUGUAAAACACAGUUAAUAUCUUCAAUAUUUCUGCAAUCGCAAAAUUCUUAUGGCUUACGUAGGGACAUAACUUUUAAAUAUCAAUGAUGAAAAAAAAUGUAAAAUAGAUUCAUAAAAGAUUUUAAUUUGGAUCAUUACUUUUCUGACUCAAUGAGAAUAUAUAUUUUUAUACGACGGCAAAAAAAUUUUGUGGUCAUAUAUUGGUAUCACGUUGUCGUCAUCGUCGUCAUUGUUGUCCGAAGAUGGUUGGUUUCCGGACAAUAACUUUAGUAUAAGUAAAUAGAUAUCUAUGAAAUUUAAACACAAGUUUCCAUACAAUAAAAGGAUGUUAGGAUUGACUUUAGGGGGUUAUGACUCAAACCAUUUAGGAAUUAGGGGCAAAAAAAGGGGAAAAACAAGGGUUUGCUGGUUAAUGGACAAUUUUAAAGCAGUGUAAGGGAGGUAAUCCAAUCACACUUAAUAUACAAUGUUGUGUAUGUUUUGGAUUACCUCCCUUACACUGCUUGUAAAUUAUGUAUAAGAAAUGCUGUAUUGUCUUGAGGUGAUUAGCUGUCAAUUAAUUUUUAAAUGCUACAGUAAUUAAUAUUAAUUUUAGCCUUGAAUAUGUAUGUCAUUUUCUAUUUUAAGACUUUUAUGAUGUAUUUUAAUGGGUAAUUAUGGUUGCAAACUCCAUUAGAAAUUUGAAUUGAGAUAAUGAUCAUAUCUUGAGGGAAAGAAUUUUUUUUUGGGAAAAAGGGAAAGGGGGGAAUUGAAAUACAAAAUUGUGGGGGGAUGGAUGAGGGGAAAUAUGAAAUUGAAGGGGGAACAAUUUUUUCUCAUUUCAGAUUUCAGAUUUCAGAAAUUAAAAAGAAAAUUUCUUCAAAUUCAAAUCAUAUUACCAAUUCUAAGUUCUUUGACUACAGUUAUUCUGUGUCAGAAACCUAUUUUGUGUCAGAUAUUUAAUUACAAUCCAAAUUCAGACCUGUAUCAAGCGCGAAUAUUGUGUCCAUUUUUGCCCCAACUGUUCAGGGUUGGACCUCUGCAGUCGUAUCCAGCUGUGCUCAGCGAAGCAAUUUAUUAUGUAUGAAUCAUCAGCUAAUUUGUGGUCAUUAAUAGUUUAAAACAGCCAUACAAGGCUUUCUUCUCGUCUUGAUGGAGUCAAAAAGCGAGGUCAGUUUGAGUUUAAGCUGAACCACUUAUGAUAAGACAAUGAUAUUCAGUAUGGAGUUGUAUUAGCAUGUGCACAUCUCAUUUCCAUAGAAAUUGUGUGUACCACCCCUCAGUUAUGAUCUAUUGACUUCAAACAAGAGCAUAGUUAAAAUGUUCCGAGUUUGUGAUUAGGUCAGUUUAUGGGGAACUACUAAUGGUAAGUCUAAGAUAUUUGGUAUGCAGUAGCAUUUAUAUAAGCAUCGGCACAUCUAAUUCAUGGGGAUAAUUUGUCCCACCCCUUCAGUCAUGGUCUAUUGACUUUGAACUCUUGCAUAGUUUUCAUGUAAAAAUAUUGCUGUUUUAAUUUAAACAUUUGCAUUUUACUAUCAAAAUUAUAAACAUGUGAGACAUAUCUCUCUGUCAACAGUUUAUUCCUAGUUAUGUUCAUUGUUUUUUGGAAUAGCCAUAUUUUUUAUUUUAGCAUUGCUGAGGAUUAAAAAUGUUCUUUUGAACUCGAGUUCUGACAAUUUUUUUUAACCAAAGCAAUGCAAUUUGCUUCUAAUGAUUUUAAAGAUUAUCGUUAAAAUGAAACUGUUAUUUUAGUGAAGAUUGUCUAUGAUUUAGUUUUUGAAUAUAUAAAUGUACCGCUGUAACUAGAACUUUCUGGUUAUAUGAUUCAUAUAUUGAAGAAAUGUUUUGUAUGAAUUUGUAUAUGUGAAUACAGACACCAGUACCUUGAACAA